ACCGAUAUGGCAAUGUUUUCCAUUCCUUCUCAUGACUCUUCUUAUCCAUCUCCACGUAGAAGAAGAAGAAGGGGAAGAGCUUCUCUGGUGCAGAGAUUCCGUCGAUGGCGGCGUCAACCGGUUGUGGGGACGGCGGAGGCGGGGCGACGGUGGUCAAUAACAAGCAGAUGAUACUCAGGGACUACGCCACCGGUUUCGUCGCCGAGUCCGACCUCUCCGUCACCACCGCCGCGGUGGAGCUCAGUGUUCCGGCCGGAUCUACGGCGGUGCUCGUGAAGAAUCUCUACUUGUCUUGCGAUCCGUACAUGGGCAUUCGCAUGAGGAAACCUAGUCCCUCGAGUUUAGCGCUAAUUGGAGCUUUCACCCCGGGCAAGCCUAUCGAUGGGCAUGGAGUAUCAAAAGUAAUAGAUUCAGGGAGCCCGAGUUUCAAAAGGGGCGACUUAGUUUACUGUGUGGUUCCAUGGGAGGAGUACAGUCUUAUCAACCCAACAACUGGUCUUGCCUUAAAAAUCGACCAUACUGAUAUUCCCUUAUCCUACUACACCGGGAUUCUUGGUAUGCCGGGUCUCACUGCCUACAUCGGGUUCUACGAAAUCUGUUCUCCUAAGAAAGGAGAAUAUGUGUUUAUAUCGGCAGCAUCUGGUGCAGUUGGUCAGCUUGUGGGUCAGUUUGCUAAGAUGAUGGGCUGUUACGUCGUAGGAAGUGCUGGAAGUAAAGAAAAGGUCGAUCUCCUGAAGAACAGAUUUGGGUUUGAUGACGCGUUUAACUACAAGGAAGAGCCUGAUCUUGAUGCUGCCUUAAAGAGGUGUUUCCCUGAAGGCAUAGACAUAUACUUUGAGAACGUGGGAGGCAAAAUACUGGACGCAGUGCUUCUAAGCAUGAGAAUCCAUGGCCGCAUUGCUGUAUGCGGAAACAUCUCUCAGUACCAUCUCGAAGAAUGGGAAGGCGUUCGCAACCUGACCACUGUCAUUUACAAGAGAAUCCGAAUGGAAGGAUUCGCCACCUCAGAUUUCAUGUGCAGAUUCUCCGAGUUUGUAGAGUUCAUGCUUCCGCUCAUAAGAGAAGGAAAGGUAACCUAUGUGGAGGACAUAGUUGAAGGACUCGAGAAUGGCCCCGCUGCUCUGGUAGGACUCUUCCAUGGAAGAAACCUUGGGAAGCAAGUUCUCAUGGUCGCGUGUGAGUGACGUCACUUAUCGUUUGUGUUUCUUCCUCGACAGGUAAUUGGAUCUUCAUCUUUUCAAGCUCUGUUCUCCCUCUGUCCUGUUUUCUUGGACUGUAAUUGACUAAAUAUGCCUUUGGAAGUUAUUCUGUAUGUCUUAUUUCCAAACUAUGGGGUUUUAAACUCAUUUCUUCG